AUGUCUCCCGAGAAUCCCAGCCCAGCAGUGCCGGCCGAAAGCCGCCCCAAGGCCAUGCCACACGUGCCACGCCACGGGAAGGGGAAGAAGAAGGACGAGAAGAAGGAUGACGAUCCGGAGAUUCGCUCUGCCACGAGCUCAAUGACUUCAGUCCCAAAGCCACUGAAAUUCCUCCGCCCGCACUUUGGAACUCUGAAGUCCUAUUUUGAAACAAUGCCAGAGUCCGAGCUCAAGAAGUACAUGGCUGACAUACUGUCAGUGUUAGCUUUGACAAUGUCCAUCGAAGGAGAAAGAGAGAGCCUGAAAUACCGUUUGUUGGGCUCUGAGGGUGAUAUUGGUUCAUGGGGUCAUGAAUAUGUGAGAAAUUUGGCUGGCCAGAUUGCACAAGAAUUCCAAAAGCGUCAGGUUGCACUCUCACUCAUGCUAGAAUUCUUGAAUCAUUUUGUAUUGUUGUUAUAUCUACGACUUGUACCAGGGUUUUGCUGA